AUGAGCGAUCUAUCGGACAGCCAGCAGCUCGGCUCAGGAGGUCGCGCUUUUGACGGGGAGUCGUCACAAGAGAGAGACAGUUUUCUCCCUACGGACAUCUCCGAAAUGGAGGCUGCGGAGAUAGAGCUAGGUCCGAUGUCCUCCGUAGACAUCGAGAGGAUGGUACAGGAGCUCGCUGAACCUGGGACAAUCGAUAUCCGGGAUAGCGAAUCCACAGUGUCAGCACGCGACUACCUCAUCCAUACGAGACACGCUCCCGACAUCGAGGUCGAGGAGGUGGAGGAGGAAUGGACUACUCCAGUCCGCGAGUCAGGUGAGGAAGAAGAGGAAGCGGAAGGGAGUGGGACGGACUCAGUCGAUGACUCCCAAUUGAACGAACCUUUCUCAUGCGAAGACCUAGUCUCGAGAGUCGUCAAAUCUGACUUCACUACCUUUGUGAGAUCUUUUGCUAACUCGUUCUUCUUUGUUGUCAUCGCAGAUAGACCAGCUCGACCAACGCUUGACGCGAAUAAGAAGGGGGUAGCCGAAAUUCUUGGGAGUCUUCCGGUACAAGAUCGCGACUGGCGAUUGCUGUGUACGACUGCCAAAUUGCGAGAACAUAAACUGAUCCCUGAGAACGCGAGUCUUCAACGGGAGCCAGUAUAUAAAGAACCUUCUGAGAAACAGCAGGAGCGGAUAGAUAAACGUCUUUCUAAACAAACUCCUCGACAAACUUCAGACAUGACUUUCUUGAAGUCUGCCCCUGUCCUGAAGAUCAAGCAAAAGGGUGGAACACCAGCGACUUCGCCGGUCGUUGCCCAGAAGAGGAAGAGCGAUGUGAUGACUUCGCUUGCUGCAGAUUCCUCCAAGAAGUUGGCUAAGACUACUCAGGACAAAGGGAAGAAAGUCGUCAUCGACUCUCCUGUUCGUGCUCGCGAUUUUCUGGCCAUGCAGGAAAAAUUACUGGCUGAGAUUCCAUACGAGGAUCUUGCUUCUCGAUCUACUGAACUGGCCGUGCAAUCCAUGGCUUUGUUUAUGAAAGCCGCGGCUACUCCUUCAAAGGAAAAUGACUCGCUGAAGAGGCAGAACGUCCAUUUUCAAGAGAGCAUAAAGAAGCUGAAGCAGGAGGUGGCGAGGAUGGAGGAGCUUAACAAGGCCAAGGAGAAGGAGCUCGAGGAAGUCAACAGGGCCAAAGAACAGGUGGAGCUCGAGCUCAAGAAGUCGCAGGACACUAACGCUGAGAUGGCUCGCGACUUGGAGGCUGAGAAAGAGAGUGGGAAGAAACAGUACGAUCAGGCUGUGUCUGACUAUAUUUACACUACUCUUUCCAAGGUCCCUGACUUCGACUUCUCGCUGCUUGGAGCUGAGGCUGCGGAAAUGGCUGAAGCUUUUCGCGCGAUGUCUCCUACUCAGACUCAGGGUAACCUUCUUGAUGAAACCGAGGGAGUACAGGCUGAAGAGGUCGAGAAUGAAGUCGUGAGCAAGAUUGCAGACGAGGCUGCUCCUGAUGAGACUACUCCCAUCGUUCCAGGCGUUUGAUUAUUUGCUAUCUUAUGUUGUUGUUUAAUUUUCACUCUUACUCUUUUUUUUUAUAUAUGCGGUACACAGGUACUCGCACUUCUGUACUUGGAGAAUUUUAUCUUACUUUUGGACAUCUUUCUAUCCUCGCAGGGAUAGCUUACGUUUUAAUAUUUACGCAGUACACGGGUACUUGCGAUUUUAUAUAUAUUUAACUUUGAUCACAGCUUGGUGUGAACGCAAUUAUAUUUAACUUUGAUCACAGCUUGGUGUGAAUGCAAUUAUAUAUAUGCGACUUUUAAUUACAGCUUGGUGUAAUAAAGUAGGAAAAACUCGGUAAAUUAAAUUACUCGAAAAACUUAAUAAGUGAUUUUAUUCAAGCAAUCAGUAAUACAUGCGGGUACCAUGCCCCUAUACUUAGGAAGUAUUUUGAACAAAAAAUAUCUAAGUAUAAGUACUCGAAUUAUCAUAACUGAAUAACGCGAAUAUUACUGAUAAUAAAAUUUCAAGCUCUCGCUAUUCCA